CAUCCUCAUUGAUCUCCUACCGUUACCGGAAAUGCUCGCCGGAGCUGAACCCUGGGGACCCAUUCCCAACCUCUGAUGGAUGAAGGCUCUCAUGGUUCCACUCUGCAAUGCCCUCUCUCUCCUCCCCACCAUCUCUACCUAACAAACGCCGCCUCCCCAACAAGAAGCCUUCCUGCCUCGUCCAAUCCUUCCUCAGCCUCGUCUCCCACGGCCAUCUCUCCCAAGCCGUCUCCUCCCUCGACCUCUUGUUCCGAAAAGGCAUCCGCCUCCCCACCAACUCUCUAGCCCUGCUGUUGCAGAAGUGUGGAGACGCUCGCUCCCUCCGACAAGGCAAAUGGGUUCACUUCUAUUUGAAGCUAACUGGAUUCAAGCGGCCGCCCUUGUUGUUAGCUAACCAUUUGAUUGGGAUGUACCUCAAAUGCGGCGACGAAGUUGAUGCACGCAAGGUGUUUGAUAAAAUGUCUGUGAGGAAUUUGUACUCGUGGAACCAUAUGCUGUCUGGGUAUGUCAAGAUGAGACAUCUGAAGGAGGCCCGGAGCUUGUUUGAGAAAAUGUCCGAGAGGGACGUCGUGUCGUGGAAUACUAUGGUGAUUGGGUAUGCCCACAGUGGGGACUGUGAUGAGGCUUUGAGGUUUUAUAGGGAGUUAAGGCGAUCGAAUGUCGGGUUUAAUGAGUUUAGUUUUGCAGGUGUUGUGAGUGUCUGUGUGAAGUUGAAGGAGUUGGGGGUUGUCAGGCAGGCUCAUGGGCAGGUUCUGGUUGCUGGGUUUUUGUCAAAUGUGGUGCUUUCUAGCUCGCUGGUGGAUGCUUAUGCGAAAUGUGGGGAGAUGGGAGAGGCGGGGAAGUUGUUUGAUGAGAUGGGUGUGAGGGAUGUUCAUGCUUGGACCACGCUGGUUUCAGGAUAUGCCAAAUGGGGUGAUAUGAAGUUGGCUGGUGAGUUGUUUGAUCGGAUGCCUGAGAAGAACCCGGUGUCGUGGACAUCUAUGAUUUCGGGGUAUGCUAGGAACAGGUUGGGGCAUGAAGCGCUCGCAUUGUUUGCAGAGAUGAUGCGGCUUCAAAUCAGGCCGGAUCAAUUUACAUUUAGUAGUUGCCUUUGUGCUUGUGCUAGUACAGCUUCGUUGGAGCAUGGUAAACAAAUUCAUGCCUCUCUAGUACGAAGUCAUUUAAGACCCAACACGAUUGUUGUGAGUUCUCUAAUAGAUAUGUAUUCCAAAUGUGGUAAUUUGGGGGCCGCAAGGCAGGUAUUCAAGCUCAUGGGUGAUAAGCAAGACACCGUGUUAUGGAACACAACUAUGUCGGCCUUAGCGCAGCAUGGGCAUGGUGUAGAGGCAUUGCAGAUGUUUGAAGACAUGGUCAGUUCAGGUGUAAAGCCGGUUGCGACCACCUUUGUCAUCAUUCUCAAUGCUUGUAGUCAUUCUGGUCUUGUGCAGGAAGGGCAUAGGCUUUUCAAGUCCAUGACUGAUGUUUAUGGCAUUGUUCCUAGUGAGGAACAUUAUGCUUGUUUAAUUGAUCUCUUGGGUCGAGCCGGAUGUUUUGAUGAGUUGAUGAACCAGCUUGAAAAUAUGACAUGUAAAGCUGGCGAUCAAGUUUGGAAUGCAUUACUUGGCGUUUGUAGAAUCCAUGGAAACAGGGAGCUGGGAAGAAGAGCGGCAGAACACCUUAUUGAGUUGGAACUUGAGUCUUCCGCUCCCUAUGCGUUGCUUUUAAGCAUAUAUGCUGAAGAAGGUAAAUGGGAGCUGGUAGAGAAGGUAAGACGACUAAUGGAUGAGAGACAUGUGAGGAAAGAGCGAGCAAUUAGUUGGUUAGAAGUUGAAAGUCAAGUGCAUGCUUUCACUGUAUCAGACCGUUUGCAUCCAUUGAAAGAUGAAAUAUACUCAGUUUUGAAACAAUUAGCUGACCAGAUGGAAGAAGACGCUACAGUAACUAACGCCAAGAACUAGAAGUUACUUUGCAGGGUGAUAAGGAGAGCAAGUGAUAGUAUUUUUCCAUUUGAUUUUCAAAAAAUUUGUGACAUUAUUUUCUUAAGCUACAAUCUCAAAUUCUUCGAGCCUCCAGAAUGAAAUACAUGUGAU